AUGUCAUAUUUUCCUCAAAUUCUUCCUUCCUAUGCACACAAAUUAGUGUCCACUCUUCAAGAUCGAUUUGAAAUUUCGGUUCCUAGUUCACCGAAGCAGCUAGUUGCGAUAACACCUGAAGCGUCAUCGUCUCAGAGUUCGCCCCUCAGUGCAAACCAUUAUCAAUCAAAUGAGAGAAACAGUCCAGGAAACGAGGUCAGCAAUGCCUCUAGUUCUUCGAGCGGUGAGGCUUCAAGGGUUACAGAUGAGAAGACCAGUGCAUUGUCGUCGAAAGGAUUGGUGAUGAAUGGGGGCAGCCUUGCGUGUAAGAGCAAUGUGGAUAUAUUUGGUGCUGGUGUUGGGUUCAAUGAUGGAGGAGGAGGCGGUUCCGCGACGUACAAGCGAGUGGUAGCCUGUUUUGAGGAAGAGCCUGUGGAGAGCCUUCAACAACAGGAGAUUGCUUUCAAGCUGAUUGGGACACAUAUUGGAUAA